AUGCUCCACAAUAUCUUUUUAGCAGCUGUAGUGCUCUUGCUGUCCUCUCUCUUUACCUCGUCCGUGCGCGCAGUACAGCCAUCUGCUCCAGCCCCCGUGGCUGCUCCAUUGCGUGAUUUAGAAUGGGGGCAGCUCAAUUUUCUCCAUACUACGGAUACCCACGGCUGGCUGGCUGGGCACUUACAGGAACCCUCUUAUGCGGCUGACUGGGGCGAUUACGUCUCUUUUGCUGUCCGCAUGCGCGAGAAAGCCCAUGCCAGUAACUCGGAUCUUUUGGUGAUUGAUACAGGUGACCGAGUUGAAGGUAACGGUCUGUAUGAUUCUUCGGAGCCCAAGGGUGUCUAUCUUUCUGAGAUUCUACGACACCAACACAUCGACCUUCUGUCAUCUGGCAAUCAUGAGCUUUACAAUCGGACCACGUCCCAAGCCGAGUUCUUCACCACGAUCCCAAACUUUCGGGGUAAUUAUCUAGCUUCGAAUAUCGAUAUCUUACACCCGGCAAUCAAUGAAUUUGUUCCUUUGGCGCCUCGUUUCAAGAAGUUCACCACGCAAGUGCAAGGGAUACGCAUCAUCGCCUUCGGCUUUCUGUUCAAUUUCAAGAAAAAUGAUAACAACACUAUUGUUCGAUCAGUGGAGCAGACAAUAAAAGAAGACUGGUUUCAGGAAGCCAUCAGAGAUAAAGAUGUGGAUCUCUUCCUCGUCAUUGGCCAUGUCCCUGUUCGCUCGAUUGAAUAUGACGCUUUGUAUCGGGCGAUACGUGCUAUUCGGUGGGACACACCUAUCCAGUUCUUCGGCGGGCAUCAUCACAUCCGUGACUACGUGCGGUACGAUUCUAAAGCUUAUGGACUAGCAAGUGGUCGCUUCAUGGAAACUAUAGGCUUCAUGUCAAUUGAUGGACUCUCCACCAGCAAAUGCCAUGCAAAGUCCGCCCUGGUAGCACCCAAGUUCCGUCGAAAGUAUAUUGAUAACAACCUGUUCUCAUUUUACCACCACACUGGCCUGGGAGAGGACACAUUCCCCACGGAAAAUGGCCGGAAUGUUUCCUUACUUAUACAGCAAUCCAGAAACGCACUAAAGCUGGACAUGAUCCACGGCUGUGCUCCUAGGGACCUCUGGAUGUCACGCGUCGAGUACCCUCAUGAGAACAGCAUAUAUACAUGGUUAGAGGAUGAAGUGCUCCCGGUCUCUCUGAAAGAUGACUCUCGUCCUGGACAGCCCGCACUUGUUAUUGUUAAUACGGGAGCUAUUCGCUUCGAUGUGUUCGAAGGACCUUUCACCCAGGAUACUACGUACAUUGUCUCUCCCUUCACCAGCGGUUUCCGUUAUGUCAAGGAUGUUCCUUAUAACAAAGCGAAAUUGAUUGUUGAGGUUCUCAAUAAGCAGCCUCAGAUAUUUACCGAGCUGCCGGAACAUGUCGACCUGCCAACCUGGUCACUCGCACCUCCUGAACACCUAGCACACCCAGGUGAUGCAGUUGCUGGCUUUGACAAGAGCUUGCGCCUCAGUUGGUCCGCUGCAGGUUUUCUUGCCGGCCAAGCCUUGCUUUCAGUAAACGGCUAUGUCAGGUCCAACUUAAUUCCAGGAUAUACCACCAAGGAUGAUGCCGGCACUGAUGGUGAUGAUACUAUUCAUUCCCCUAUCCCCUUCUACCGGGUUCCCAAUUGCAUCCAGUCUUUGAUAUCUACGAAUGGAUCUGACCAGCCAGAAAUGGUGGACCUGGUCUACAUAGACUUUAUAGAGCCAUAUGUAGCUCUAGCAGCCAAGUUUGCAAGCCUUGAUGUCGAUUUUGAGCAAGACAGUGACAUUUAUAUGCCUUCCACCAGUCUGACAAGUCUGAUUCUUGACUGGGUGAAAGCAAACUGGGCCUGCGAAGAUGGUUUCUUUGAAUCUGGGGCUGACAUGUGA